GGGGGCCAAACAUGUCAAUGCAGGGCUACCUCUCACACAGACACACUUGCAGUAUCAGGCAACUUUACUCCACUCUGCUGCACUGAAAGGCGCUGUGGCUUUGUGCUUGUGCCUGCAUUUCUGGCAAGGAAACGGUGAGGAGGGUGUGAAUGAAGGCAGCUGUAGGGCAGCCAGGUACACACAGGGGACACGCUUGGCACUGAGCGCACACACAUACACACACAGCGGCAGUGGCUCCCCGGCGGAUGCUUAGAAGCACCACUGCUUUGCACCCAAGCAGCCUUUUCUGCACUAAGCACCUGGGAAGCUCCAGAGCCAGGCAUGGACAGGUUCCUUGGUUUUGUCAGGCAGAUCAGGCGAUCCAGGAGGAGAAAAGGAAAAAAGUACCGACCUGAGGAGGAUUACCAUGAGGGCUAUGAAGAUGUGUACUACUACGCCUCUGAGCAUUUCCGAAAUGAGGGUCCCUACACAAAGUCUGCAACCCCAAGCAAAGCCCCAGAUGGCGCACUGGCAGUCAGGAGGCAGAGCAUCACAGAAGAGUUCAAGGGCUCAACAAUAGUUGAAUUAAUGAAGAAAGAAGGCACCACUCUAGGGCUCACAGUGUCAGGUGGAAUUGACAAGGAUGGGAAGCCAAGAGUAUCUAAUCUACGUCAAGGAGGAAUCGCUGCUAGAAGUGACCAACUGAAUGUAGGAGACUAUAUCAAAGCUGUGAAUGGCAUCAACCUCACAAAAUUCCGUCACGAUGAGAUCAUCAGUCUGCUAAAGAAUGUUGGGGAACGAGUGGUUUUGGAAGUAGAGUAUGAACUGCCUCCAGUAUCGAUACAAGGAACGGGGGUGAUCUUUAAAACUGUGGAAGUGACCCUGCAUAAAGAGGGAAACACAUUUGGAUUUGUAAUCCGAGGAGGAGCACAUGAGGACAGAAAUAAAUCCCGACCCAUUGUAAUAACUUGCGUUAGACCCGGAGGACCAGCUGACAGAGAGGGCACAAUCAAGCCAGGGGACAGGCUCCUGAGCGUUGAUGGGAUUCGGCUGCAUGGAACCACACACGCAGAAGCCAUGAGUAUUCUAAAGCAGUGCGGACAAGAGGCAACACUGCUAAUAGAAUAUGAUGUGUCUGUAAUGGAUACUGUGUCCAGUGCCUCAGGGCCACUGUUAGUUGAAGUUGCCAAAACUCCUGGUUCCAACCUUGGUGUAGCACUAACUACCUCCAUGUACUACAACAAACAGGUCAUUGUUAUCGACAAGAUUAAAUCUGCAAGUAUUGCUGACAGGUGUGGUGCUUUACACAUUGGGGAUCAUAUUUUGUCAGUGGAUGGUACAAGUAUGGAAUAUUGCACAUUAGCAGAAGCCACCCAACUCUUAGCUAGUACAUCUGAACAUGUAAAACUAGAGAUCCUUCCAUACCACCAAACACGCUUGGCGUUGAAGGGGCCAGAUCACGUAAAGGUUCAAAGGAGCAACGACAGGCAACCUCCCAGGAACUUCUCUGCCAACAGCCACAGUCGCCUGCCCACCUGCCAACAUUAUAACACCUACCACCACCCUGACCAUUGCAGGACGCCAGCCAUGAAAUGCCAGAAACCACCUCCUCAAAAACUCCUUCCAUUGGUAUCUUCAUCCUUCUCUCCUACCUCCAUGAGUGCUUACAGCUUGAGUUCUCUCAACACGGGGACAUUGCCCCGUAGCCUGUAUCCAACCAGCCCUCGUGGGACACUAAUGAGGCGCAGAAUGAAAAAGAAGGACUUCAAAAGUUCAUUGUCUUUGGCAUCCAGUACCGUUGGCUUGGCAGGUCAAGUUGUACACACAGAGAGCACAGAAGUUGUGCUGACUGCAGAUCCUGUUCUUGGGUUUGGGAUACAGCUCCAGGGCAGUGUGUUUGCCACCGAGACAUUGUCUUCUCCUCCACUGAUCUCCUAUAUUGAUGCCGACAGCCCAGCUGAAAGGUGUGGAAUACUCCAAGUAGGAGACAGGGUGAUUGCAAUAAAUGGGGUGCAGACAGAGGACAGCACAUUUGAAGAAGCCAAUCAGCUUUUAAGAGAUUCAACAAUUGCGGGGAAAGUUACACUGGAAAUAGAGUUUGAUGUUGCAGAGUCUGUGAUACCCAGCAGUGGGACAUUCCAUGUGAAACUACCAAAGAAACACAACGUGGAACUUGGCAUCACAAUAAGUUCUCCUUCCACUCGGAAGACCGGUGAUCCUUUGGUUAUUUCUGAUAUUAAGAAAGGGAGCGUUGCGCACCGCACUGGAACCCUAGAGCUCGGAGACAAGCUGCUCGCCAUAGACAACAUCCGGCUUGACAACUGCUCCAUGGAAGAUGCUGUUCAAAUAUUACAACAGUGUGAAGAACUUGUAAAGCUAAAAAUCCGUAAGGAUGAAGAUAAUUCUGAUGAACAGGAGAGUAGUGGAGCUAUUAUUUAUACUGUUGAACUUAAACGGUAUGGAGGGCCUCUGGGAAUUACGAUUUCUGGUACCGAAGAACCUUUUGAUCCAAUUAUCAUCUCAAGUCUUACUAAAGGCGGAUUGGCCGAGAGGACGGGGGCAAUCCACAUAGGAGACAGAAUCCUUGCCAUCAAUAGCAACAGCUUGAAAGGGAAGCCCUUAAGUGAAGCCAUCCAUUUAUUACAGAUGGCAGGAGAGACAGUCACUUUAAAAAUCAAAAAGCAAACGGAUGCAACAAGUCCCAAGUUGUCAUCUGGCAGGAUCAGUGAACUGUGUGAUGCAGAGGAUGAGACUCCGGUCACGCAGAAGUCUAGUAAUCUCUCUGACAUUUACUCCACCGCUGUCCCUAGUGUGGAUAGCGCUGUUGAAUCCUGGGAUGGUUCUGCUGCUGACACUGCCUAUGGAAGUCAAGGCCCCAACUUUCAAGCAUCCGGAUUCAGUUUUAAUGCCUAUGAAUGGAGAAACCCCAAGCAAAAGGGCAGUUUAUCACCUCUUAAUAGGCCAAGAAAUAACCACUUCCAUGACACAGGGCUUAGUGAUGAUGAGUGGGAUAGACCUACAACUAGUGGUUAUACCGGAGGCCCAGAGGGACCAGAUGGGGAGCAAGAGGAAAACUUCUGGUCUCAAGCACUGGAGGAUUUGGAAACUUGUGGGCAGUCUGGAAUUCUUAGAGAACUUGAGGAGAAGGCUGGCAGUCAGGCGACAAUCAUGUCAGGAAGCACACUGAGCUUGAAUCAUGAGAACUCCCAGCCUCGUGGGCAGCUAGGGCGACAAGCAAGUUUCCAAGAAAAAAGCUCCGGCAGGCCGCAUUACAGCCAAUCCAUACGCAGCAACACACUGCCAUCUGAUGUAGGAAGGAAAUCGGUUUCCAUGAGAAAAAUUAAACAAGAAAUAAAAGACAUCAUGUCACCAACUCCUGUGGAGUUACACAAGGUCUCUUUAUUUAAGGAUUCGGAUAGGGAAGACUUUGGUUUUAGUGUUGCCGAUGGCUUACUGGAGAAAGGAGUCUAUGUGAAAAAUAUACGUCCUAAUGGGCCAGGGGAUAUUGCGGGGCUAAAGCCAUAUGAUCGUCUCUUGCAGGUGAAUCAUGUCCGUACCAGAGACUUUGAUUGCUGCCUUGUUGUCCCUCUAAUAGCAGAAUCUGGCAACAAACUAGAGCUGGUUAUUAGCAGGAACCCAGUAGCCUCUCAGAAGGAUCCUUUGGAUGGACAGAAUUUGUCAGUGCAAGAAUGGACUGAUCACAACACGUUCUCCCAGUCUACAAGUAGCCGCCUUGCAUCAAUGGACAUGAGAGACUCAAUAAAUACUUUAUAGCAAAACUAAAAUCUAGCUAUUGACCUAGUAGCAUAAACCUGGUGCUAAUACCCUGUUGUACAUCUGAACUGUGACAUUUGAGACACAGAUGGCACUAUGUGGCUAUACUGUUAAACCUUUCCAUGGGAGUAGCAAGUGUUUUUAUGAUGAAUACUCUAAAUAUUAGUGCCAUUCCAAGUUUACUACUGAGCAUAUAUGGGCCUUCAGUCAUGUGAUGAAACUACUGGAAGCAAAGUGGCUUCUUUUCCAGGCCUUGUCUACAGCCCAGAGAAAAGCUUCAGUCACAUAUAUAUAUAUAUAUAUGGUUUAAAGCUGCUGACAUUUUUAGCAGAAUUCUUUUCUAUUUUUAACACAUUCUGUUCACUGACCUUAUACUGGAAAGCAUAUUUACUAAAGAAUGCUAAGAUGGAUACAAGGUAAUCUCGUCCUGCAUAGAGCUGGCUGGAUGGCAGUACAGACUUUCCCUGUACUGUGAGCAUUUUAAUUCUAAGGUACCUUUUACUGGCAUAUUCAGUAAUAAAUCCAUAAGUGUGUAUUCAUGUUAUUGACAAGUGUGGCAUUUACAGUGAAAAAGAAAGCACAGAGUUUGCACUUAGGCUUUAGGUGCAACGGAUUUUGGUUGGAUAUUGAACACAAGCCCUGGAGUUUGUACAGUAUAAAUAAGAGCUUUAGCAACAAAACGUCUUCUGAGCCAUGUAUAAUUGUUGUUUUCCAAGUGUACAUGUGUUAAGAGCUUUGCCAAGUGUUUAUCCCUCAAAGCAAUAAAGAGAUUCCUAUUUUAAUUGGACAAUCA